AUGGCCGGCAAUAUCAGCGACUGGAAUCCAAUAUGUGUGGCUUCGACGGAAUCCAGUCCUGGUGGUUCUCUGGCGGGGCAUCCAGAUGAUGUCGAAGCAGACAAUAACCUCAAGUCCCCUGGGGACUCAAAUUCGCAUCUCCCCUUUUUCAGAGGGGCAGAGUGGACCCCAGAUGGAACUACGCUCUUGACAGACUCAGCAGACCAUCGCAUCCGAACCUUUAUCCUAAAAAGCCCCCCGGACCUGCUGGAGAAGGAGUCAGCUCAUCAACUGUCCCCAUAUUCGACUCUUCCCUCAGCUGAACCGACAUAUGCCACUGCAGUGUACCCAUUCUAUGCUCUCCAAGAUCCAUCCACUACGCUGUUUCUCUCUGCUGUGCGCGAUCAUCCGAUUCGGCUGGCAUCAGCACUGGCUCCCACCUCGGUGGCGAGUUAUUCCCUGGUCCACCCAACGACCGAAGCAUUCAUCACUCCCCAUUCGAUGAUAUAUCCAUCAACACUCGGCGGAACUCAGUUUCUCACGGGAUCGGACAGCCUCAUUUGUCUUUUCGAUGUCUCCAGACCAGGAACGCAAGGCCCGGUGUCGUGGAUGCCCACCAUUCCCAGCAAGCGCAAGCAGAUCGUCGGCGGGGGUAUCGGUAUGAAAGGAAUUGUCUCUGCCAUGGCCGUCAGCCCAACAGGGGAUGGGAUUCUUGCUGCAGGCACCUUCACCAGACAGGUUGGAUUGUAUAACUCGAACGGGUCUGGCGAGCUCCUGGGCACAUUCAGCAUCGCAAAGACCGAGGCGAACCGUGACAUCGGGGGACGUGGGGUCACUCAACUUCUCUGGAGUCCAUGUGGUCGAUAUCUGUAUAUCGCCGAACGGAAAAGUGAUGGCGUGCUGGCUUAUGACAUCCGCGUGACAGGCCAAAUGCUCGGGCAUCUGCGUGGCCGGAAGGCGAUGACAAACCAACGGCUCAAGGUGGAUGUUGUCCCUGCUGGGCCCGAUGGAUCUCAUGAAGUGUGGGCGGGAGGCACAGAUGGGUACAUCAGGGUUUGGAAGGAUCCCAUGUAUGCUGCCGGCGGGCAGGAUCCGGACUGGGAGUUCAAAGCGCAUGAUGAUGCUGUGACGAGUGCAGUCUUCCACCCAAUGGGAAGUGUUGUUGCAACAUGCUCUGGGCAGCGUCACUUUGCCAAUGACGACACGCCAGACGACCUCGACGUGCAUUCUGGCGCCGGGAAGGCAGAUAACACACUGAAAGUGUGGUCAAUGCCAUUUCUGAACUCGACCCUCGACCCUCCCAGCUCGGAACACGAAGACUGA